AUGGGAUCGAAAAGUCCCGAAGAGACAACAUUAACAACAUCUCAAGAGAUGGAUGCGCUGAUAUCCGAAGAGAUUCAACUAAUACUACCCGAAGAGUAUAACCAAUUGUUUGAAGAGUUAAUUAGCGAAAAAAUCGCUGAAGAAAUAUCCAUAGAAAAUGGCACAUCAAGUAGUGACCUUGGAGAGUGCGACAUAACUAUACCUAUUGAGACUAUAACUAUAGAAGUGCAAUCCGACACAAUUGCCGAUAACAAUAUUACAGACGGUAUAACAAUACAUGAUCGCUUAAAUUAUGAUGCGAUAGUAUUACCAGAAAAAACUACGGAAGACAUUGAUCGCAACAAACGAUUAAAAGCAUAUAAAGAUAAAGACGACGAAAAUGACAGCAAUAAUAAAAAAAAACAAAAGACUUCACGCAAAUCGAAAACCUACGUACAGGAGGUGACCGUCAGACCAAAAAUUUGUGCAAAACUGAAUUCGGUAGUUGUCAAACAAAAGUCGACUAACGAUAAUUCCGUUAACAACAAACCCGUUAACAACAGACCCGUUAACAGCAAAACCGUUAACAACAACAAGUCCAUUAACAACAAUAAAUUCGUUGUCAACACUAACAAAAAUGUCAACCACAACAAUGAAGUUGUUAAGCCCAACAUAUUUUCAAAGCGUGAACCUGCUGAUGGUUUUUUUAAAUUGCCGCCGUUCGGACAAAGGAGAUUUGAUAUAAAAAAAGUAUCUCAUGAUAUGUAUCCUAAAUUUUCGUUAAACCCGAGACGGUAUACACUGACAGGUAACAACACUGUCACCGCAUUUGUAACAUCAACCGAUUGUUUUUAUGUGGGUUAUAGUAAUGGUCGCAUUAGUAAAUAUCAUUACUUCUCUGGUGUGGAGUUGACACCAUGGUUUAAUAAUAUUGUCAAUGAAAAGGUUAUUGAUAUUAAGCCAAAGACACCUAAAGAUUACGUUUUUGUUAUAACAAAUAACUAUAUCACGCAAUAUUCAGAGGAAACGGGAGAUCGUAGUUACAAACAAUACUGUCGUAUACCAAUUGUAACAGCUAUCACUGAAAGUUUCUAUAAAUUGGUAUUUCUUCGAAAUGGCAAAGUAUAUCAACUAAAAUUACAAAAUAAAAAAUUCUGUGGUGGAUUUCAGGUCGCUGACCUAAUGUUACCUGUACAUGGUGUGACCUUAUUGGAUCACAAUGACCUAUCAAGCUUUGUGCCAUGUAUUGUACAGUUUGAAAAUAAAAUUGGGGUGAUUGUUUUCGAAUAUAUUCACCGAAAUUUUAUUCGUAUUAGUCGUCGAUUUUGGAUCAAAAAUGAUGCCAUAUUAGGCGGACGAUUAUCACUUGCAAUGAGUGAAAAUUAUCUCUUCGUUGCUGACACUUACAUAACGACAGCCGAUAAAAUAUCCAAUGUGGUGGCCGUGUAUCAUAACGAAGGACUUAAGCAUAGUAUCGGAAGAACGUUCAGUAUAUUGGGCAAACAAGUGAUUCGAUUGCAGAUAAGCGACAAUAAACUUGUCGUUAUGUCGGAGCCGAUACAGAUAGAGAUUUACAAUACAAACACACAAAUACUCGAAUAUCUUGUCCCGGCUUAUUACCCUUUUAUAAAUUUUGUUGUUAUGAAUAACAAGGCUAUUCACUUUACACAAUCUGGUGUUGGUCAGAUUAUUGACCUCAAUAAUCACAGGCUAAAUAAAGACGCUCGGUUUAUAAGAGUUAAAGAUGAACUACGGGUGGCAAAAAUUAAACCAAGUGAAUUGAUAAACACCAGAGAAAAUAAAACAUUGGACAAACCAUAUAUUUAUAAAGAUUUAUUUGGAGUUUUUGAAAUUUGUAUAAAAUGCAAACAAAACGGCUACAAUUUUAAACAUCAUCCAUAUAAUUGCUAUCGGUGCUAUAUGUGUGGUAAUGACGGGCAUACAGAAAAAAGUUGUAAAGGUAAAAUAAAACAACAUCAAGGAACGGCCAGUGGUCGAAAGCCAUCAAUUAUCAACAAGGAUUUACUAACGAAAUACAAAUACUUGUCACUCGAUUUGGAAAAAUUAAAAGGACAAAACAAUCAAUUAAUCGCAGGUUAUUUAGCCAUAAUAGCAUUUGAUAAGAAGCUCAAUGGUAAUAGUGAUAAUGAUCAGUUGGUAUACGCGGCUAAGAUACAAUAUAAGCGGAAUGAAAUCAAAAGCUAUCUUAAUCGUUGGUCAGGUUUACAGCCGACACUGCACGGCGAAAAAGCUGUACCAUUUAAAGAAGUCAAACAAACACUUAAGGAAAUUAUUGUUGGAAAAAUUAUUGUCGGUAUUGAUAUACUCAAUGAUUUCAAGUGUUUGGAAUUGGACAACAGUAUAUCACAUAACAUGAUAGUGGAUUUAAAAGACAUCUUUAUUGACAAUAGAGGUCAACCAAUAGGACUUAUGUAUUUGAGUUACGCCAUAUUAAACAAAAAAAUACAUGACGUUGCGGACAUUCAAACUCAUAAUCCAAUCACAGACGCGCGAUUGUGCGCAAAGAUUUAUUGUAAGCAUUUACGUAAUAAAAUACCAAAUAUUAAUGGCUAUCAAUGGAUUAGGGAAAAGUUUAAUAAAGACUUUCCAAAUUUUAAACGAAUAAGAAAUUAA